AUGGCGUGGGUGCGCGAUCCGUUGGUGUUGGUGCAGCACAGGAUGUCGAAACCGAUCGGGAUCGAAGGCGAACGCGGAGAAGAGCAGAGCGGCGCGGGGCGGAGCGGAGCGGAAGAGAGCGCGGCGGCGCGCGCGCGGACGGAUGGAUUAGAUUAG